GACGUAGCCGGAAGCAGCUUGAAAACAUCUCAAACGCGCGCACCGUUUGAUUCAAGGCAAUUCUUGACAAAUAAAGUGGUAAAGUACGUCAGUGUAUGCUGUGUUUUGACUCGGAAUAUACUCUCAUAACGCAGAGUUGAAACUGAUCUGAAGCCAGCUCUACCAGGACACCCAGUAUGCAGGAGGACUCCAGCCGCAGUCCCAGUUACACUGUGACAUGUGAGGACUACGUUCACGUGGUGGAGUUCAGUCCUUUCACAUCCGGUACCAGUGCCUCUCUGCUGGCCUAUGGUGGAAACCAGUAUGUGGUAGUGGGCACCUGCCUAUUCCAGGAGGAGGAUAUGGAGGUCGAGGGAGUUGAAUUCAACGUGCUUCGAGCUUUCCAUCAUGAAUUGCGUGUUGAUGCUCUCGCCUGGAGCCCAGAGUCCCGGCUGGACCGGAUACCCACUAUCAGAUUCUGCACCGCCGCCGCUGACAGAAAGCUGCGCCUGCUGACUUCUGAUCUGCAGGAUAGGCAUGAAGUCAAGGUGAUGGAGGGCCACACCAGCUACAUCAACCAUUUGGUGUUCGAGCCCACAGAAGGGAAACAAAUUGCUUCCGUCAGCGAUGACCACACUUGCAGGGUGUGGGACCUGGACGGGAAUGAAAGCUCCACUCUCCGGCUUCGCUCUCCUGGCAUCAGCGUGUGUUGGCACCCGGAGGAGGCCUUUAAGUUAAUGGUGGCGGAGAAGAAGGGAACGAUCCGCUUCUACGACCUGGUGACCCAGCAGGCCAUCCUGUCCCUGGACUGCGACCAGGCGCCGCUCAUGUCGGCCGACUGGUGCCUCACCAACACCAUCAAAGUCGGCGCCGUGGCGGGAAGCGACUGGCUCAUCUGGGACAUCACUCGCUCCAGUUACCCACAAGAAAAAAGACCGGCGCACCGAGAUAAAGCUCGGUUGUUCAAGUGGUCCCGAGUCAACGAAAACCUCUUCGCCACCACCGGAUGUCCGGGGAAGAUCUCCAGCCAGUUGCUCAUCCACCAUCUCGGCCACCCUCAGCCGGUGACGGUCGGAUCGGCCGCGGUCGGGUCGGGCCUCAGCUGGCACCGGACCCUCCCCCUCUGCGUGAUUGGCGGCGACAGGAAGCUGUGCUUUUGGAUGACUGAGAUGUAGACCGUCCGUACAGCACUUUUCAACGAUGGGACAUAGUCCAACCGAGUGUUUUUUUUAUUAUUCUCGUAAAGGUCCAAUAAAAUCCAUAUUUUUCUGAGUA